AUGACUCUCUUCAGUGCCUUAACAAAAGCAUUUUUAUGGCUUUGUUUCAUUUUUUCAUCAGGUGUGUUUGGUGAAUCAGUGUCAGUGAUGGAGGGAGAUUCUGUCACUCUGAACACUGAUCUUACUGAAAUACAUCAACAUGAAGAAAUAGUGUGGAGAUUUGGAGCUGAAAAGUCUCUCAUAAUUGUAAUCAAAGGAGAGAAACAAUUUUUUUAUGGGAGAUUCAGAGACAGACUGAAGCUGGAUAAUCAGACUGGAUCUCUGAUCAUCACAAACAUCACAACUCAACACACUGGACUCUAUGAAGUAAAGAUUAGUGAAGGAAGACGGUCAACAAAAUCAUUCAAUGUUUCUGUCUUUGCUCAUCUGCCUUUUCCUGUCAUCAGCAGUAACUCUUCACAAACAUCAUCAUCAUCAUCAUCAUCACAGCAGAAUUGUUCAUUGUUGUGUUCAGUGGUGAAUGUGGGUCAUGUGACUCUCUCCUGGUACAAAGGAAACAUUUUAUUGUCCAGCAUCAGUGUGUAUGAUCUCAGCAUCAGUCUCUCUCUACCUCUGGAGGUGGAAUAUCAGGAUAAAAACAGCUACAGCUGUGUGCUCAACAAUCCCAUCAGAAACCAGACCACACAUCUGGACAUCACUCAACUCUGUCAGACACAUUUAGGUACAAUAACAGUGCAAUUCCUGAUUAUUUACUGCUACACCCCCCACUCCCCACCCCCACCCACAAAAUUUAACGCUCACAGAUAUCUCUCAGUCUUGUCUGAGGUCUGA